GUGUGAUGAUUUGAUGGUGGCCACCGCAAGUCAAAAGUGAGUUAACGGUGAGGUGACAACGCGUUUGCAUUUAAGUCGUAUAUAUAUUUUUUGGGUUUACUUUUGCGAAACUGCUGGUAUUUGUGCAAAAUUUUCAAGUAAUUAAAGGCAAGCUGUUUUCAGCGGAAAAUUUGGAUACAGCUAGUUUCAUUGUCUUUACAAAAGCGGCAAUUCAAGGUACACAGCUUGAAAACCAGCAGAAGGCUUCAAGUGGAUCAACUUUGUUUUGAAAAGAAGACAUCAUGCGGGUCACUGUAACCACAAUGGCAGAUUAUACCUUCCCACUGGAAGUGUCUGACGAUAUGGAGCUUGAAAACUUUAAAGCCCUCUGCGAAAUCGAAAGUGGCUUCCCGGCGAGUGAAAUUGUUAUUUCUCUAAACGGCCAACCUUUGCUUGACGAUAAAAAAACACUCGUGGAGUUGGGCAUUCGUGAUGGAGACGUUAUCAUGCUGCAACAUAUAAUGCAGGCCGCCCAGCAAGCUUCUCAGUCAGCCCGAACUCGACCACAACAGGCCGAACCCUCCCGAUUGGCUAGUUUAGAUUUCAGCUCAAUACAAGUUCCGUCAGCAGUUGCCUCCAGUAGCGGAAAUUCGGGACUAUUGAAUAACAAUCGUCCGUCACCUACAGUUGCUCCCGAGGACGAUCCAGCUGUUGUGCGUGAAAUGUUUCUCUCAAAUCCAGAUCAGCUGGCACUCCUCAAGCAAAACAAUCCUCGUCUAGCGGAAGCCCUGAUUUCUGGCAAUUUAGAAACAUUUGCAACUGUGUUGAGAAAACAAAUAGCUGAACGAAUGGAAAAGCAACAGCAGCGGUUGCGUAUUCUACAAGCAAGUCCGUUUGACGCGGAGGCACAACGUUUGAUUGCAGAGGAAAUCAAACAGAAAAACAUCGAAGCGAACAUGGAGGCCGCGAUGGAGUAUAACCCAGAAACCUUCGGAACUGUGGUGAUGCUAUACAUCAACUGUCGCGUCAAUGGUCAUCCAGUAAAAGCAUUUAUCGACUCGGGCGCUCAGGCAACCAUAAUGAGUGCCGCAGCCGCCGAACGAUGCAACAUUAUGAGACUUGUCGACACCAGAUGGGCUGGAAUUGCCAAGGGUGUUGGUGUGCAGAAAAUUAUCGGACGAAUUCAUAUGGUGCAAAUUCAAAUCGAAAACGAUUUUCUUACCUCGAGUUUUUCCGUAUUGGAGGAACAACCUAUGGACAUGCUACUUGGAUUAGAUAUGCUUAAACGCCAUCAGUGCAACAUUGAUCUGAAAAAUGGAGUACUACGAAUUGGAACAACCGGAACUGAGACGAAAUUCUUAGCCGAAGGAGAUUUACCGGAAUGUGCCCGACUGACAGGAAGCCCCGAAGAAAAGCACAAAGCAUUGACCGAAUCGGCACGAAUUGCUGAGGAGCUGGCUAUAAAGGAGGCGAUCGUUAAGAGUCAGCAAGAUCAAGCAUCAUCCAGUGCUAACAAUAACAAUACGACUCCUAGCGGUAGUAGCAGCAGCAGUACUCCUACAUCUUCUGGUCAGCAGAAACCACAGCCGCCAGUGGAACCAGCAGAAAAUGUACCACUUGUUCUACUACCAACGGAUAAAUUUACUGAAUUGGAUGUCGUUGAGCUAGAAUCUAUGGGUUUUAGCCGACAGAUGGUGAUUACUGAGCUCAGGGCUGCCGAUGGGGAUAAAACUAAAGCCACGUCUGGCCUUUUCGCUAAGCUAGGAUAAGUUGUGAGCUGAGAGCCUCCAAGUGGAGGAGUGACUGCAUUUGUUUGACAAUUUCCGACAUGCAUUUCUGUAUUAAAUUUUAACAGAAAGCAUAAAACAAUUCGUGUUAUUUUUGAUGAAAACAAAAGGUUUAGAUAAAAAAAUUUCGAUUAUUUCUGCUAGCAUGGGUUUAAGGGAUGGAGAUUACUGAGUUUAGCUGACCUCAUCAUAUUUUGAACAGUCAAAUGAUUUCUAACCAUGCUGUUUAUUUACACAAUAGGUUAACUGAAAUGAAAUUUGAACACAACUGCACUGACAUCGUAAGGGUUACUUAAGUAUAAUAAAAAUGCAUUGAAUUUUAAUAACAACUUGAGUUUUAUUUUAUGUUGUUAGCAAGAUUUUGAAGCGUUUCAUACUUUUCGGUAAUAAUUACGAUAC